CACUAGGUUUUUGUAAAGUACAUCCGUAGCAGCUUGCAAUUAUCAUCGGAAACAAGCAUCCCGGUCGCAAUUUCAGAUACAUUGAAUGCCAUGUUUGUGCAAUGAUGAACGACUAUUGCCACUGAAGAGUGGUUGAUUGAGUGAUUGAUUGCUUCCACCAGUGAGUGGUGUUGGCCGAUCAACAUGGGAUGAAUUGCCGACCUCGGGACAAGUUGGCACACGGGCCAAGGUUUCCUUUCCUGCGGAGCGAGCGCAACGACCUCAGACGCACGUUAGCUCAUCAAGCUUCCGUCCAACCUCACUUUUGUCCGACGCCAUUGCCCGCUCAGAGCUACCUCGUCGUCCUUGAGCCACACACCCUUCUGUUCUCCUCGUCUCCCUAUUCCUCACACACCUACACAAUGGCUCCUUUACAGGACUCGUCGGUCGAUGACCUCAAGAACACCGUUGCGCGGCUUGAGUCGCGAAUCGCUGAGCUGGAGACGAAGCUGGGAGGCGCACCCGCCGCCGUACCGUCUGCAACAGACAGUGUGAGGAUGAUUUUGAUGGGUCCGCCCGGUGCUGGCAAGGGCACACAGGCACCCCGAAUCAAGGACAAGUUCUGCGCCUGCCAUCUCGCUACCGGAGAUAUGCUACGAGCACAGGUUGCGAAGAAGACGACACUUGGUCGGGAAGCCAAGAAGAUCAUGGACGCUGGUGGUCUUGUGAGCGACGAGAUUAUGAUUAACAUGAUCAAGAGCGAGCUCGACAACAACCAAGAGUGCCAAAAAGGUUUCAUUCUCGACGGUUUCCCGCGAACCGUCACCCAGGCCGAGAAACUCGACGAGAUGCUGCAGACGUCGCAAAAGCCACUGCAACACGCAGUAGAGCUCCAAAUAGAUGACGCGCUCCUCGUCGCCCGCAUCACCGGUCGUCUCGUGCACCCUGCCUCUGGUCGCUCCUACCACAAGAUCUUCAACCCGCCAAAGUCGGACAUGACCGACGAUGUGACGGGCGAGCCUUUGAUCCAGCGCUCUGACGACAACGCCGAAACCCUCAAGAAGCGUCUCGGCACGUAUCACCAGCAGACUGCCCCUGUCGUGUCUUACUACCAGAAGACUGGCAUCUGGAAACCCAUCGAUGCUAGCCAGGAGCCUGGUCAGGUCUGGAAGAGCCUACUCAGGAUCUUCGAUGACAAGCCUACGACGAUAGGUGGCAGGAGCGGUGCUCUGCUCAACAAGAUUGGUCUCAAGAACUAA